AACCGGAUUUUCAAAACAAAUGUAGCCGCGAACCCGAAAGCGGAACUGCAGCAGCAAGACGGCGACGGCGGUGGCAAGAGCACACGCAAAAGUUCGAGGACAUAAACAAAGUACACACACCCGGGUUUGGCGCUUACCUCGGUGGUUAUUCAAUCAAUGUAUCCUGUGCUUUACAUAAUCCCGCUCGCUCUCGGUGCUUUUCAGUUGGCCAACCACGCCAAACUAGCGCUCUACGGUGGUGGUGGUGGUGGUCAUACGAGUGGAUUGCUCCGUUGGACAACGCUUGCGGUUCGGUUUCCGGUUCGAAUGGCGGCCUCCGAGGAACGCACUUAUCCGACCACUUUGGAAGGAUUCGGAUACGGAUUCAAUGAAGAUGGAAAAUUGCGUCAAAUUGAUAAGGAAACGGGGAAGCUUACCGAUCGUGUCUUCGACUAUCAGGUGUACACAUCGCUCUCGGAAAACCAGGCGCACUAUGAAGCGCUGGGCGACGUUAUCACGGACUACGUGUACCAGCGGCUAGAGGAAAAGGAAGGCAUGAAGAAGCUGUACGUUCCAGACGAUGUUCCGCGCGAGGAGGCGACGUUUAUCUUUAGCAGCAAGGAAGAGCUCGACCAACCGAAGAAGCUGCUCGUGCUGAUUCAUGGGAGCGGGGUGGUGCGAGCCGGCCAGUGGGCUCGUAGCUUAAUCAUCAACGAUUGUCUCGAUUCGGGCACGCAGAUUCCGUACAUUAACAAGGGACGCGAGCUUGGGUAUGAUGUGCUGUUGCUGAACACGAACGACAACUAUCGGACGGUUAAGGGAGCGAGGAAGUCGAUCCGUGGCAGUCGCAAUCCGACCGAGCAUGCCGUGACGGUGCUGGAGCAGGUCAUUCUCGCAAGCAAACCCGAGUCGGUAGCGAUCGUGGCGCACAGCUACGGUGGUGUGGUAACGGUAGAGCUAGCGCAACGAUAUCCGGAGUUUUUCCGGGACAAAGUGUUCGCCGUAGGGUUCACGGACAGUGUUCACGCGAGUUCGCUCGUGCCGGAGGUGUUGAAGAAGAUCGGUCGCAAUUGGGUGACGGCAAAGGAUCCACUCGACACCCCGCUGACCAUCACAAAGCACGAUAUUCCCCGGCACUCGGCUGGCCACACUAAGCACGAAAUGACGUCGUACAGUUGCAUGAGUGCACUUUUCGAAUUUCUCGAGAGCCGUUAUACCGAAUUUCGGGGACGGAGAACCGAUACGGGUGGCGCCAGUGAACCACAGUCGAAGAAGGCGAAGGGAGACGAACUGUGAGAGGUAAGAGGCGGCGGUCGAAUACGGAAGAAUAAAUCAACCGGCUUCAAAUUGAAACGGAAGAA